GUUCACCUGCUAGCUGGUGGGAGUGUUAGAAUUCAAACUUACGUCUCUGGAUUCCAAUUCACUUGCCAUGAACAUCUAGGGAUUGUGUAAUCUUGUAUGUAAUAUUACUACUAGGCAUUCCUGUUCUCCCUCCACCCCUACCCCCAGUUUUGUGGUUGAUCCUUAGUCAUCCAUCAGAACAUGAUUAGCUGUACCACUACCUAGAGUAGCACCUUCCCUCAGUCCAGAGAGAAUGCAGAUCUGAGGCAGGAGGGUAAGGUUGAAAAGGAAAUCGGUUUAUGUGGGAUAUUUUUAAAACUACUUUAUUUUUUAGAACAGUUUUAUUUGGGGUUUUGUCUCUGCAUUUUAUUACACAACUUUGGAAGAAAGGUUGUAGAAAGGACACAGGCUCGGGGUCAUGAUACAGAUUUUGUUCACCAUUAACUAAUUUCGUGAUAUCACUGCUUCACCUUUUUUCAGAGUUAAAUGAUACCUCUUUGAUCUAGGAAUUAAGUUAAACAUGAUACUGAAUACAUCCCACCAUAUAAAUGACAAGUGUUACUAUUCAUAAUGACUCGAGUGUCAUGUUUCUAGUAUUUCAGAAACUUUCAUUCUUUCCAUUAUACUGGAAUACUUUUAAUUUUGUUUUAUGUAAAAGUGUUAUAAAAUGCCAUUUUAAAGUUUUUGCUUCCAAAUUUUGUUCUGACCAACAGCAGCUUGGAUGUGGCUUAAAAACUGAUGAGCAUCUACAGUGAUGAGCCUUUUGGAGCAAUGAAAGGCUGCUUACAAAUGGAUUAAAAAAAAAAAGUAACUGCUCUGAACUUGGUGGGAGUGAAGUCAUAGGUGCUUCGAUACUGCUUUUUAAGGUGGAAUAGUCUUGUUUAUUUGCUGAUUGGAAAGGAAAGGACAAAUAAAGAGGAAAAUCAUCAUAGAGAGUGUCAGGAAGAAAUGAAGUGUUUAUGGAAGUUCUCAUUGACGUGACGACAUUUGGGCAAAGGAUCUUAAGGAUAAGAUGAGAAUUUCCUGGCUCCCUGCUGCUAAACCCCUUGGAAUUUUUCAUUGAAAUUAUGAGACUAUCAUUCAAAUGGAAGCAUUAUAGUUCUUCGGAACCAUUAUGAUCUCAAAAGGAAAAGAGAAUGAUACAGAUACACUGGCUGAGGUGUUUUGAGGUGCAUCGAAGUGUUCCAAGCUGUGACUUACCUUAACAUGUUCUUGAAGUACCAUGGCGUGGAUUAAAAGAAAAUUUGGUGAGCGGCCUCCACCUAAACGACUUACUAGUAGCUUUUAGGACUUCCGCUUCUGGCCAAGAUGGAGUAACAGGGACUGGAAUUACUCUCCGGCCUGAAACAACUAAAAACCUGGACAAAAUAUAUGAAACAGCGAUUUUCAAGAUAUUGGACGGCAGGCAAGAAAGGACAGUGAUCCUUGAGAGACAGGAGACAAAUGAGGGAAGCUAUGCGGAAUUAUUUAAAAGAGCGAGGGGAUCAAACAGUACUUAUUCUUCACGCAAAAGUUGCACAGAAGUCAUAUGGAAAUGAAAAAAGGUUUUUUUGCCCACCUCCUUGUGUGUAUCUUAUGGGCAGUGGAUGGAAGAAAAAAAAAGAACAAAUGGAGCGGGAUGGUUGUUCUGAACAAGAGUCUCAACCAUGUGCAUUUAUUGGAAUAGGAAAUAGUGACCAAGAAAUGCAGCAGCUGAACUUGGAAGGAAAGAACUAUUGCACAGCCAAAACAUUGUACAUAUCUGAUUCGGACAAGAGAAAGCAUUUCAUGUUGUCUGUAAAGAUGUUCUAUGGCAACAGUGAUGACAUUGGUGUGUUCCUCAGCAAGCGGAUAAAAGUCAUCUCCAAACCUUCCAAAAAGAAGCAGUCAUUGAAAAAUGCUGACUUAUGCAUUGCCUCAGGAACAAAGGUGGCUCUGUUUAAUCGGCUUCGAUCCCAGACAGUUAGUACCAGAUACUUGCAUGUAGAAGGAGGUAAUUUCCAUGCCAGUUCUCAGCAGUGGGGAGCAUUUUACAUUCAUCUCUUGGAUGACGAUGAGUCAGAAGGAGAAGAGUUCACAGUUCGUGAUGGCUACAUCCAUUAUGGACAGACAGUCAAGCUUGUGUGCUCAGUUACUGGCAUGGCACUCCCGAGACUGAUAAUUAGAAAAGUUGAUAAGCAGACUGCGUUACUGGAUGCAGAUGACCCUGUGUCACAACUCCAUAAAUGCGCAUUUUACCUUAAGGAUACAGAAAGAAUGUACUUGUGCCUUUCUCAAGAAAGAAUAAUCCAGUUUCAGGCCACUCCAUGCCCAAAAGAACCAAAUAAAGAGAUGAUAAAUGAUGGAGCUUCCUGGACAAUCAUUAGUACGGAUAAGGCAGAGUAUACAUUUUACGAGGGGAUGGGCCCUGUCCUUGCCCCUGUCACACCUGUGCCUGUCGUAGAAAGUCUUCAGUUGAAUGGCGGUGGGGACGUCGCAAUGCUUGAACUUACAGGACAGAAUUUCACUCCAAAUUUACGAGUGUGGUUUGGGGACGUAGAAGCUGAAACCAUGUACAGAUGUGGAGAGAGUGUGCUCUGUGUGGUCCCAGACAUUUCUGCAUUCCGAGAAGGUUGGAGAUGGGUCCGGCAGCCAGUCCAGGUUCCGGUAACUUUGGUCCGAAAUGAUGGAAUCAUUUAUUCCACCAGCCUUACCUUUACCUACACACCAGAACCAGGGCCACGGCCACAUUGCAGUGCAGCGGGAGCAAUCCUUCGAGCCAGUUCAAGCCAAGUGCCCCCUAAUGAAUCAAACACAAACAGCGAGGGAAGUUACACAAAUGUCAGCACAAAUUCAACCAACGUCACAUCAUCUACAGCAACAGUGGUGUCCUAACUACCGUCUUGUUGCUAGGACUGAAACUGACUCGAAUGCGGCGAAAUGUUGACAAAAAAAGUGAACAGUCUUGUGGUUUCUUGGGAAAACGUUUCAUACCAGUUGAUAUUAUCAGAAAGCCCAUUACCUGCAAGUGCUGAUGUGAAGUGCAGAAGCCACAGUAAAACAAACAAACAGAAAGAACACCAAAAUGUACAAACUAUUGGAAAUCGAAUUUUUUCAGCUGUUAUUUUUGGUUGGUUUUUGUUUUGUUUUGUUUAAAUGGGCAAGAAAUAGAGAUGUGGCUGGAAUAAAAGUUAAACUAGAAGACACAAAUCUAACAUAGUUUUUAUGGACCAAGGAACCUUGUAUAAGCUUUAGUAAAAGGUACAUUUUCACCAUACCUUUUUUAUAUCACCGUAUAUAGCACACCUUGUUACCAAAUAGGUUGUCUUCUCCCUGUCCCCUUUGAGCUUUUGCUCUUAAGAAGUACAUUCAAGUUCCAAGCCUGACCAUGCUUGUUGAGUCUAAUUACCAUACUCUUCCAGGUUUUUUGGUCUCAGGCUGAAACUGUUCUUAUUUUUUUUUUAAAGCUGAAGUCUUAUGACUUUUCAUGAGUUGAAAUUGUUUUGAUUUCAGCAAGUCAAAUCUUGUAAAGGCCUGCAUAUUUUUUUUAAGAUUAUAUGAAGUCUGUGCAAAAGCUUUAAAAAACGCCUCUGCCUUGCCUGCAACACAUGCAGUGUACGUCGGCUUAGUCUCUGUUCUCACACGUUUGGCAGUGGUUUCUGUGUUUUCUUUUUUUUUAAAAAUGUAUUUAUAAUGGUGAUCCAAGUGGUUCUAACAUUUACAUGGAAUUAAAUGUGGCCAUUUAGUCAUUAAUGAGUUAAUGGCACAGAACAUGUUGGUAUUUGGUGUUCUCUCUCCUUUCCCAUGCAAAAAUGGUUCAGGAUUUGUUCAGGUUUUUCCUCCUCCUGAUCUUGUACAUAACUUGUAUUAUGUGUAAGUUAAACAUUUUAUUUUGAACUUGUAAUGUUCCCAGUGAUUUCAUUCAGUAGGGUGUUUUUUGCCUUGUUGGCAUAUAACAACAAAAAAAGCAUAGAAGUAUUUGCUACCUGUUGGUAGAUGGUGCCCUUAUUGUAUAAUGAGGAAAAUCUCAGCAAAAGCAUGUUUUUAUUUACUUUUUUUUUUUUUUUUGGUAGCCUAGACCAAGAUAUCAUUGUAACCUUAAAACAAGAUGCUCUUACUAGAUGAACUAAAAUAGCUGGAAGACAGUACUUUAGGAACAGAUAGUUGUGAAAUUAUAAAAAUGCAGAUGCAACUUAUCUUUCCAUUUCUCUCUCUGCUUUUUGUUGUCUUCUCUUUCCCAGUACUGAGCAUCUCCACAACUGUCUCCUACUCAGAAAAUAUUUCUUUGCCCUUCAGUUACGACUGGGCUGCAUUCAGGUUGUGUGCUGGCCUUUGCGCUAAGCUCACCCGUUACAUGGCUUCCGUUUCUGCACUUUGGUUAUGCCUGUGUUGGUUUCUUAGACAUUGUAGCAGACUCUGGGCUACUUUUAGUGCAGGCACCAUGUGUGUAAUGUUAUAGGACACAGUCUAGUGAUACAAUCAUCCUUGUUAAGUAAAAACUACCUCUAGAUUGUGGUAAGAUUUUUACUGUCCCAUAAAACAGGAGCCAAAGUACCUUAUGAACCCCAAACUGUAAGUUCAGUAUUUCCAUACAGAACAUUGUCUUUCUGGUGUCCUGGGCUACUUUGAAAAUGUUUCCAUCGGUAGUCUUUUUCAACAUUGCUGUUAGUAGCAUUUUCUGUUUCAGCUUUGCUGUCUUCAUCGCGCAUUCUUUUACUCAGUUUACAUCAUUGUAAAUACAAUUUCUAACAUCUUUAAAUCACUUUUUCCUCAGUUUUCAAGGGGGAAGUCAUUUAUUUGUAAAAACACGUUUAGUGGUUAAAUCAGAGUUACUGUGGUUUUUCUCUUACUGCAAGCCUUUUUAAUCACCCACAGGCUGCAUUGUAUUCUAUAUAGCCUUCUCUCCAAAUCUGCUCCAGUCACUAGCUUCUCUCUUACAAGCUAACCCUGCCUCAUACUUUCAAUCUCUUUCAGUGAUCAAGGGCAGAAUUCAUUGUGGCCUUAUCUUUCUUUGUUUUAACUGUUUACUGGCUUUUUCUUACAAAUUUGCUUAUUUCUGAGUAGUAUUUAUUCUUCUCUCUGUUGCGUCAUACAAGCAGCCUUCACACAGUGCUUUUUGUUCGAGUGUGGAAAUGUUUUCUGUUCUGCUUUACCUUUAAUGGGUCACAAGUUUCCUCCACUUCCCAGGUUUGAUAUUAAGUUACAAAAUUACAUUAAGUUAACUGGUAACAGAUGAGAUACUUUUGAAGAAUAAAACUAUUCCUUACCCAGCUUUGCAGCUCAAAGUAAUUCUUCAAGUUUAUGGCUUUAUUAAAACUAACUUUUGCUUUCUUAUUAUUUAAAUAUAUCUUAUUUCGGUUCUUUGUUUCUUUUAAUAAGGUAAUGGAACUAUUAGACUGUAAACUCUUUCCUGUUUUGUUUUUCUAAAAAGUCCAAGAAUGUACUUAUAUAGGCAUUUCCCUUGCUUUUUUUUUGUCAUUCUGAAUACUACAAACUAAAGACUGAAAUGAUUUGUCUGUUGUAGUUACUGUUAAAGGAGUUCUUUUGUCAGCUGCUUAAAAAUUAUUUUUCAUGGAUUUGUAAAUCAUUUUUAGUAUAUAAUUUAUAGGAGCCUUGUCCUCUCUUGAUAAUAGAAGGUUGGUCUCCCCUCCCCACCCCCAUGGUGGCAUUAUUAGAGAUGGUCAUUUUCCCUCCUGAAGAUCUUAGAAUGGUAACUGCUUCAGUUAAAGGAUACUACACUUGAGUUGUUGUUUUUCAGAUUCUGUUUUAGAAGUACAUCUUAUGCUCUCAUGAUUCUGUGCAGUUUCUAAAACUGCAUAGAAGCUGAGUCGGUGAUCCAAUAUAUUUUUAUUAGUUGCAUUGAAUUGAUCACACAGAUUGAGGAAGACAAGCCAAAGGCUUUAAAUGUAAAAUUCCCUUUCUAUUUUGAAUGACUUCAGAGUUGAACACUAGUGUAAUAUUUAGCCUGCUGCUGACUUUCUUAAACUGUAGCAACUGAAGGCCUCAUAUACAUGUUAAUUAGUGAACUGUUUGUCACUCUUACUGCACAGACUUAUUUGCAAUCAUAACCGGCUACUUUUGUUUAUAUUUCUAAUGAAACUGGUACCAUCUGUGCCCUCACAGAAAAUUUCCAAUACAGUUUUUGAAAACUAAAUUAACUAGUUAUGUUUAACCAGAUAAUCCAUGGGGGCUGGGGGGAUUUCUUUUUUAAACAAAAUCCUAUUCAGUUAUUAACCAAGUUAUUUACUUUUGAUUUUGAAAGCAGCUGUUUCUGAUGAGUACUGAACAAAUAUGUGUAAUUUUCUGUGCCAGACUUUUGGCUUUGUUUUCAAGCACUGUAAUGUGGGAAGGAUGGUUAGAAACAAUAAUAUAUUAGGGUUUCUAUUUAACCCUUUCAGGACUGAACUGUAUCCCUUACUAUUAAUUUUUCCCUGUGUUGUGAUAAAUGUUUGCCAGCAUUCAGUACUGUGUUGGUCCCAAUGUAGGUUUAUAUGCUCAUUUUUAGCUUAUUUCUUGUACCUUGCAGCAUGCUCUACACAUUCAGUCCUUAAGGGGUUUAUUUUGCAGACUGUGCGCCUGUAAGGUUUGUUAGCAAUAAGAUAGAAAAUUGAGCAAGUUUAUACAAUAAUUUUGUAGAAAAAAAGAAUCUGCUCAGUUCCAUAUUUCAUCCAUGAGAAACCUGCAAUACGGGCAGUUUCAAGGAAUAAAUAAAAAGGAAAUGUAAACCGUUGUAGAAGUCUUCUGUCGAAUGUGCCUGAUGCAUGCAUUAUCGUCUUUAUUUCAGAAUACUUCAUCAAGAUAAAAUUAAAUUCCAUACACAGUCUGUGCUUUUACAGUCUUCCCUUGCUGCCUGCAUCCCGUCAAAGUGCUGGCUGUGCUAAUUUCCUCUGUGCUGCUUUAAUGAGAUAGGGUUCUUUCCCUCCCUUGUAAAUGGGGAAGUGGACUUUGUCACUCAAGGGGCCUAUCUCCCAAUUUAGGGACAUUUCAGGCUAAUCUCAGCAAAAUAGGAGAAUAUUCUAUAACAACAGCGUGCUUUUCCAACAUAAGGCUGUCAUUUGGUCUGGUGUACUAAAGAACAUGAUGGUGGUCUGUGCUUUUUGCUGGGAGCUCCUAAUUAGAGAGAGAACACGCAUAUUUUGUUUACUAGGGAAACAGUAAA